AUGCUGCACAAGGGUGCUCGCCUCCCCUCCCUCCCCUUUCCGAUCUGCGAGCUCGCACACCAAUGGUGUCCUUCCUCUUCUGAUGAGAUCUCAGCGUGUCAUCCUCCCGCCCCUCUCGGCAGGCUGAGCCCCGUUCAGCCCUCCCCCUCGACAAUUGCCCCUCGACGACAUCGAUGCCAUUCGCCCAGCGGCAUCAGCAAGAGCAGCUAUGCCAUCGAGAUCUGUCACGCAUUCAUGUGCCGGACUCGACGACACCUGACCGGCCGAUUCAAUCAGCCGUCAGGUCGGUAUGUCGGCUGCCUUCCACAAGCAAAGCACUUCAUGAAUGCGUCAUCCACACUGUCAGCGGUUGUGUGUGCUCUUUCCUGUCUGUGUCUGUCUGCAGUUACUCUUGCGUCAGCGAUGACUCAGCCUCGGCCCCGCAGCAGGAGCAGCGACCUGGACUCGCCCGUCGUCAACGGCGAGGCGGUCCGCUGCAUCUUCGGUGACUCGCGAGUUCGGCUGCUCAAGGUCAAGGACGUCGGUAGCCUCAGAGUGGCGGCCCGCCACCACAGCCUCGUCGACUUCCCUCCCAAUGCACUCCGCGCACGCCUCACCCACUCGCUGCAUCGAAUUCGGCUCGCCGACGGCUCACGGCUCAGCACAGUGCUGGCCUUCGACACCCAGACAGUGUCAGAGCCACGGGUGCUGCUGGCGGCCGUGUGGCUGGUGGAGGAGCAGAAGUGGGACGAGAUCGUCGACGUAUCGCGGCUGGCGGCGCACUGCGGCCGCUGCAUUCUGCCGGUGCGGCUGACUGCUGACGACAUUAACAGACACGCCAACAAGACGGUGAGACGCACACACAGGGGCGGGAGGGCAGAGGAAAGGGCCUUGUUCAUUCUUCUCUCUCUAUGUGGUCGUGCGGGUGUAUGCGUCGCUUCCCCGUGUGUUGGCUCAGCUCAAGAUGGUCAGCCCUCACAUCCACUUCGGCGACGCCGUGACCUUCCAGCUGUUCCAGCACGGCGGCAGAGUGCGGGCCAUCAUGGACGAGGACGGCUUCGAGCUGACCAUCGACCCGCCCCUCCGUCCCAACCACCUCUACCAGCAGCACCGACAGCCACAUGACCCACCCGUCCGGAGCAGGAUUGGAUAUUCGCCGCCCACGGGGCCGCCGCACACGGGCUGGGUGCACCCGGGUGCUCGUGACCACGCGUCCAUAUCGUCGUUCGUCAAGACAACCGUCAUCAACCACUUCUCGCGGACUCAGCAGCACAAAAGCACUGGCGGCCUCAUCGACAGGUCAGGCGGCGCAUCAUUCUGUGUCGGCACUGUGACGACACACACGAGUGUAUGCCUUGUGUGUGUGUCAGGCAUGUCGACACCCACCGGCUGCACACCAUCAUUACACAGUCCCCACACACACCAGUGGAGGGAUGCACUACAAGUGCAUCGGACCACUUCGCUGCCGGCUACACUUACCGUCGGUAUCUCGUGCUCACCGACGCCGGCCACCCCUUCGUCGCAUGGAUUGAGAUCUGGGAGAACCCCUUCGACGGUCAGCCCAGCCCGGCACAGCGAGGGGGAGGAGGGUGACAAACCCAAGGAGGCACAUAGUCUCAUCUACUGUCCACUGGUGUCCUCCCCUGUCCUUCAUUUACAGGGGAUGUCCGCAUCCACACGACCGAGUCGGCUGUGUCUGGUGUGCGUGGUGCCUUCAAGGACCGCUUCCUUCAGACCACUCGGCUAGCGCGGGCGGUGCUGGGGGCCGUCAUCUCAACCAGGAUCGUCGACCGAUUAGGCAUAUGACUGAGGUAUGCAUCAAACACGACUGACACGAGCAGAAGAUGUCCAUACAGACGAAAAGUUAACAACGGUGUCUAUCUUUCCGUGUGUGUGUCAGGUUGUGCGGUGGCGAUUGACAUUGGGAAGAGCACUGCCGGCCGCAUAGGCGGCUGCAAUGGUGCACACACAUCGUCGGGUUUUCCUAUUGUUCACUCUCUGUCCAUCUGCCGGCUGCUUGCUUCGCUCCCAGCAUCUGCCACCUGCAUCGAGUCUGUGUCGCUGCCGGCGACCAAGAUCCCAGCCCAUCUUUCAGUGGGCGUGGCGCUGCUGGGGAUGAGCCGUCUUUUGUUCUGUACUGCCUUCUCUUCCGAGCCGCUCUCGGGCUGGGGCUUGCUUGCGAGACUUUUCGACGGUCGUCAACGUCUGAGUGUGUGUUGAUGAGUGACUCGUUAGCUGUACAGAUUGACGGACGGACGGGGGCUGCCUGAUGCUGACGUGUGAAUCGAUGUUGGCAGGGAG